AUGUCGCAACAGCAGGGCCUGGCCCUCGAGGCCCUGGAUUCCAUCACGAAGGACCUCAAAAUAAAGGCUCCCUCGACUGCCUCGCAAGCGGCUACCGACGAGGUUCGAAAGCGAGCUGCCGUCCAGCUGCGGGAUCUAGUUGCUGUCUGCUAUAGAGACUUCACAGCCGAGCAGUUCAACAACUUCUACAGCUCCGUUAAUACUAAGAUCACGACCUUGAUACUCCAUGGCAACGACACGUCGGAACGCCUCGGCGGCGUCUAUGCCCUCGAUGCCCUGGUCGACUUCGAUGGUGUCGACGUUACUGCAAAAUAUACACGCUUUACUGCGAACCUGAAGCACGUUCUAAGAGGCAAGGACACCAUGCCCAUGCAGCCUGCUGCCAUAGCACUGGGAAAGCUGUGUAGACCUGGUGGUUCGCUCAUCUCAGAACUGGUCGAGUCCGAGGUCAAGACCGCGCUGGAGUGGCUCCAGUCCGACAGAAUAGAGGAGAAAAGAUACAGUGCCGUUCUUAUCCUCCGCGAGCUAGCCCGGAGCGCCCCUACCCUGAUGUACGCCUAUGUCGGUCUGAUAUUUGACCUGAUCUGGGUCGGUCUUCGAGAUCCGCGACAACUCAUUCGGGUUACGUCCGGCGAGACGGUUAGUGCCUGUUUCCGCAUCAUUCGAGAGCGAGACCAGGAGAUGAAGAACGCAUGGAUGAGUAAGAUGUACACCGAGACCCUGGCCGGCCUCAAGAUCAACACCAUCGAACACGUCCAUGCAUCACUUCUUGUUCUCAAGGAGCUACUGGAGCAGGGUGGCAUGUACAUGCAGGAACAUUACGAGGAGGCCUGUGAGAUCGUCUACCGCCACAAGGACCAUCGAGAUGGGGCCAUCCGCAAGACUAUCGUCACCCUGGUCCCGGACCUGGCCAAUUAUUCCCCUACCCAAUUUGCCCACACCUACCUUCACAAGUUCAUGUCCUAUCUGUCUGGCAUGCUGAAGAGGAAGGAGGAGAGAAACGACGCCUUCUACGCCAUUGGCAACAUUGCCAACUCGGUGAAGAGUGCUAUCGCGCCUUACCUCGACGGAGUCAUCGCAUACGUUCGAGAGGGUCUUAGUAUCCAAUCUCGAAAACGAGGUCCCGUCGAUGCCGUCUUCGAAUGUAUUAGUAGGCUCGCAGUGGCCGUCGGUCAAACUCUGAGCAAAUACAUGGAGGCCCUACUGGAUCCUAUUUUUGCCUGCGAGCUUACCACAAAGCUGACGCAAGCACUGGUUGAUAUGGCCUUCUACAUACCGCCAGUGAAGGCAACCAUCCAGGAGAGGCUCCUCGAUAUGCUCAGUAAGGUCUUGUGUGGCGAGCCCUUCAAACCUCUGGGAGCUCCUACACCAAAUACGCUCUCGUCUGUCCCCAUCAUCCCCAAAGACGCCAGAGAUCCCCAAAUCUACGAGCAUCGAAAGGCCGAGGUGAAGCUUGCUCUGAACACAUUGGGCAGCUUCGACUUCUCAGGUCAUGUUCUGAACGAGUUCGUCCGCGAUGUAGCUAUCAAAUACGUCGAGGACGAUGAUCCCGAGAUCCGUGAAGCAGCCGCCCUGACCUGCUGCCAACUCUACGUACAAGACCCGAUCGUCAACCAAACCAGUUACCACGCAUUGCAGGUCGUCGGAGACGUCAUCGAGAAGUUGCUGACCGUAGGUGUCUCCGAUCCGCAACCAAACAUACGACGCACCGUGCUGGCGGCCCUUGACGAGCGCUUCGAUCCCCAUCUUGCCAAGGCAGAGAACAUUCGGACGCUGUUCUUCGCCUUGAAUGACGAGGUGUUUUCCAUCCGAGAGGUAGCCAUUUCUAUCAUAGGACGCCUGGCGCGCUAUAACCCUGCUUAUGUCAUUCCAUCACUGCGAAAGACACUGAUCCAGAUGCUCACCGAGCUUGAGUUCUCUGACGUGGCACGCAACAAGGAAGAGAGCGCCAGACUCCUCAGCCUCCUGGUACAGAAUGCUCAGGGACUUAUCAAGCCCUAUGUCGAGCCCAUGAUCCAAGUGCUUCUUCCCAAGGCUGAUGACCAGAAUUCGGCAGUUGCCGCCACGAUCCUCAAGGCCCUCGGCGAGCUUGCAACCGUCGGCGGAGAAGACAUGCUCCCACACAAGGACAAGCUGAUGCCCAUCAUCAUCGACGCAUUGCAGGAUCAAAGUUCUACAGCUAAGCGUGAAGCAGCGCUGCACACACUAGGCCAGCUCGCCAGUAACUCUGGAUAUGUGAUCGACCCGUAUCUGGAAUACCCGCAGCUACUGGAACUUCUGCAGAACAUCUUUCGAACCGAACCACAGCGUGGGCCUCUGCGCCAGGAAACCAUCAAGUUGAUGGGCAUCCUAGGCGCUCUAGACCCCUACAGACAUCAGCAAGUUGAAGAGCGCGCGCCUGACGCGAAUCGGCGUGUCGAAACCAAUCGCAUGACCGACAUAUCGCUGAUGAUGACAGGCCUCACCCCCUCGAACAAGGAGUACUACCCAACUGUGGUCAUCAACGCCCUGUUGAACAUCCUCAAAGACCAGUCCCUCGUUCAACACCAUUCUGUUGUCAUCGAGGCAAUCAUGAACAUCUUCCGUACCCUCGGACUUGAGUGCGUCUCCUUCCUCGACCGCAUCAUUCCCGCAUUCUUGCUGGUCAUAAGGGGCUCCCCUCCCACCCGUCUAGAGUCGUACUUCAACCAGUUGGCAGCGCUAGUCAGCAUUGUGAGACAACAUAUCAGGCCGUUCCUACCGUCCAUUGUGGAGAUACUUCAGGAGUAUUGGGAUACAUCAGCAUCGCUUCAGAGUACGAUACUGUCCUUGGUGGAAGCAAUUUCCAAAUCGCUGGAGGGCGAGUUCAAGAUUUACUUGGCUGGUCUUUUGCCCAUGAUGCUCGGUGUCUUGGAGAAGGAUUCGUCGACUAAGAGGACACCUUCUGAGAAGGUCUUGCAUGCAUUCUUGGUCUUUGGAUCAAGCAGCGAGGAGUAUAUGCAUCUUAUUGUCCCCGUUAUUGUCCGGACGUUCGAAAAGCAGGGCCAGCCAUCGUUCCUCAGAAAGUCGGCUAUCGAGACCAUUGGCAAGAUAUCCCGCCAAGUCAACCUCAAUGACUACGCCGCCAAGAUCAUCCACCCGCUGGCAAGGAUCCUCGCCAGCGGCGAAUCGUCAUUGCGAGUGGCGGCACUGGAUACGCUGUGCGCACUCAUACAGCAGCUUGGUAAAGACUACCUGCAUUUUGCCGGCACUGUCAGCAAGGCCCUUCAGGCGAAUCAGAUUCAGCACCAGAACUAUGAUCUUCUGGUCAACAAGCUACAGAAAGGGGAAGCGCUACCAGCGGACUUGAGCUCGGAGGCGCGCUUUCUCGACCAAGCAGACGAGCCGGCUUUCGCCGAGCUGGGAAGCAAGAAGCUGGAGAUGAACGCUAUACACCUGAAAGCGGCUUGGGACACGAGGGGCAAGUCGACCAAAGAGGAUUGGCAAGAAUGGUUGCGUCGGUUCAGUACUACGCUGCUGACCGAAUCCCCCAACCAUGCCCUGCGUGCCUGUGCCAAUCUCGCCAGCGUCUAUCUCCCUCUUGCACGCGAGCUGUUCAACUCGGCCUUUGUCUCGUGCUGGAGCGAGCUGUACGAGCAGUUCCAAGACGAGCUCAUCCAGAACAUUGAAAACGCCAUCAGAUCCGAGAAUGUUCCUCCGGAUCUACUCGGUCUUCUUCUCAAUCUUGCUGAGUUCAUGGAACACGAUGACAAAGCUCUCCCCAUCGAUAUCAGGGUCCUCGGUAGGGAAGCCGCCCGUUGUCAUGCCUAUGCGAAAGCACUCCAUUAUAAGGAGUUGGAAUUCCUGCAAGAUCAAAGCGGGCCGGCAGUUGAGGCGCUGAUCGUGAUCAACAAUCAACUCCAGCAGUACGAUGCAGCCAUUGGUAUCCUCCGUAAGGCACAGCUCUACAAGGACGGCAUACAGCUGAGAGAAACCUGGUUUGAGAAGUUGGAACGUUGGGAAGAAGCUUUGGCCUUCUACAAUAAGAGAGAGCAAGAAAUUCCUGCCGAUCAAGCAACCCCAAUCGACAUUGUUAUGGGCAAGAUGCGUUGCUUACACGCCCUCGGCGAAUGGGACGCUCUUGCCAGCCUGACGGGCACUACCUGGGCAAACUCGUCACCCGAAAUCCAGAGACGCAUUUCAGGUCUAGCUACUGCUGCUGCUUGGGGAUUAGGCAAGUGGGAUUCUAUGGACAGCUACCUGCAGACGAUGAAGCGGUACUCCCCCGAUCGCUCAUUCUUUGGAGCGAUAUUGGCGCUCCACCGGAAUCAGUUCCGGGAGUCCGCAGCCUGCAUUCAACAGACACGGGAAGGUCUCGACACCGAGCUGAGUGCGCUCGUAAGCGAAUCCUACAAUCGUGCGUACCAAGUGGUCGUUCGUGUGCAGAUGCUGGCCGAGCUCGAGGAGCUCAUCGUCUAUAAGCAGUCAGACGAGAAGAAGAAGUCCACCAUGCGACGGACAUGGGAGACUCGCCUCAAGGGAUGUCAGCGGAAUGUGGAAGUGUGGUCGCGUAUGCUCAGACUCCGCGCUCUGGUGAUCACUCCGUCGGAGAACAUGCACAUGUGGAUCAAAUUUGCCAAUCUGUGCCGGAAGUCCGGAAGGAUGGGCCUGGCUGAAAAGUCUCUCAAGCAGCUCAUCGGUACUGACCAGGCCUUAGAGUCUAUAAUACCGUACUGGAGCCAAACCGACCAAGCUCAGCGGUCCUCGGCCCCAAGAAUCCCUCCCCAGGUCGUCUACGCUGUCUUGAAAUUCUACUGGGAGUACGGCCAACAUGCCAACAUGCGAUCGACUGGCCACGCGGAGAAGACUCUGUCCUGUCUGCGGGAGUUUACUGCCGACACAGCUCAGGCUCUCGAGAUAUCUAGAGACUCUAUGCAGGCACCGCCAAACGGUGCAGAUUCAUUGAGCGACUACGGUUUUCACAACGGCGCUGACCCGGCCAUAUCCAAUCCUCGAAGCCACAAAACGCUACAGGGCCAGACAGUGCUGCUUGCUAAAUGCUAUUUGAGGCAAGGAGAGUGGCAGGUCGCUCUUAACAAGAGCGAUUGGCAGCACCGUAAUGUCCAAGACAUCCUCACGUCCUACGCGAAGGCCACUCAAUACAACCCCAACUGGUACAAGGCAUGGCAUGCUUGGGCUCUGGCAAACUUUGAGAUCGUCCAGGCCCUCAUGUCACCGACAGACAGGCCCGCCCCCAGACCAGACUCGGCCGUUAUCAUCAAUCACGUCGUACCUGCAGUCACUGGCUUCUUCAAGUCAAUUGCUCUCUCUUCAGGGAGCUCUCUUCAAGAUACCCUUCGAUUGCUCACCCUGUGGUUUGCCCAUGGCGGUAGCGGUGAGGUCAACACAGCAGUCACUCAAGGCUUCGGCACUGUUAGCGUCGAUACGUGGCUUGAGGUGAUCCCUCAACUCAUUGCGCGCAUCAACCAGCCCAAUACGCGCGUGCGACAGUCAAUCCACAACCUGCUGGCGGAUGUUGGUAGGAACCAUCCCCAGGCUUUGGUUUACCCCCUCACCGUUGCCAUGAAAUCCGCCCAGGGCUCGAGGCGAUCAAAGUCGGCGGCACUCAUCAUGGACAGCAUGCGAGCUCACAGCGCCAAGCUCGUCGAGCAAGCCGAUAUCGUCAGUCAUGAGCUCAUUCGCGUGGCUGUACUGUGGCACGAGCAGUGGCACGAGGGUCUCGAGGAAGCAUCUCGGCUGUGGUUCGGGGACCACAACAUCGAGGGUAUGUUUGCCACUCUGGGACCGCUGCACGAGCAGCUCGAAAGAGGUCCGGAGACGUUGCGCGAAAUCAGCUUCGCACAGACGUUCGGCCGCGAUCUCACCGAAGCGCGAGAGUGGUGCCGACAAUAUGAGAGCAGCCGCGAUGUCAGCGAUCUCAAUCAAGCAUGGGAUCUGUAUUACCAAGUGUUCCGUCGCAUCGGCAGGCAGCUUCCCCAGAUGACCUCUCUUGAACUUGCCUACUGCUCCCCCAAGCUACUGAGCGCGAAGAAUCUGGACCUCGCCGUGCCCGGCACGUAUCGCAGUGGCGCCCCAGUCGUGCGAAUAAUGUCGUUCGAGACGACAUUCAGCGUUAUCAACUCCAAACAACGACCCCGAAAGCUGAACACGACCGGCAGUGACGGUAGCUCAUAUGCCUUCUUGCUGAAGGGCCACGAAGAUAUCCGACAAGACGAACGUGUCAUGCAGCUGUUUGGUCUUUGCAACACCCUCCUCGCAGAUGAUUCCGAGUGCUACAAACGGCACCUCAACAUCCAAAGGUACCCGGCCAUUCCUCUCAGUCAGAAUUCUGGUCUCCUCGGGUGGGUGCCGAACAGUGACACCCUCCAUGUGCUCAUUCGCGAGUAUCGUGAGAGCCGGAAGAUUCUGCUCAAUAUCGAACACCGGAUAAUGCUGCAAAUGGCGCCAGACUAUGACAACCUUACCCUGAUGCAGAAGGUCGAGGUGUUUGGCUACGCCUUGGACAACACCACCGGUCAAGAUCUGUACCGCGUCCUUUGGCUGAAGAGCAAGAGCUCAGAGGCUUGGCUGGACCGACGCACCAAUUACACGCGCAGCUUGGGUGUGAUGAGCAUGGUCGGGUACAUUCUCGGCCUCGGUGACCGGCAUCCCAGCAACCUGAUGCUCGACCGUAUCACUGGCAAGAUCAUCCAUAUCGACUUCGGUGACUGCUUCGAGGUUGCCAUGAAGCGAGACAAGUAUCCCGAACGUGUGCCGUUCCGUCUGACAAGAAUGCUCACGUACGCCAUGGAAGUUAGCAACAUCGAGGGCAGUUUCCGUAUCACCUGUGAGCAUGUUAUGCGUGUGCUCCGUGAGAACAAGGAGAGUGUCAUGGCGGUACUUGAAGCGUUCAUCCACGACCCUCUGCUUACAUGGCGUCUGACCAACGCUGCCUCUCCCGUAGGCCCCAAUUUCCGCUCCGAACGGGAAUCAGCUCUCGGUGCUGCAGCCCAGCGCGGCCGUCGACCCAGUAUCCUCGAGGCCGAACACCCGCCCUCAGAAUUCCUUGCUGCACAACAAGCAGAGGCGCAGCUCCAAGGUGGUCCCCCUGGCUCACGUGCCAGGGCACGCACAAACUCGAGUCUUAAUGGCGCGACUCAGGCUGACGGCGAGACGGCGGAGAUGCAGAACGCCCGCGCCGUCGAGGUGCUUGAUCGCGUGAACCAGAAGUUGACGGGGCGCGACUUCAAGCCAAACGAAGAGCUGGAGGUGGUCCAACAGGUCAACAAGCUGAUCAUGGAAGCGACGAAGCUGGAGAAUCUCUGCCAGCACUAUAUUGGUUGGUGCUCGUUCUGGUAG